CUGGCCCUGACGUCAGGGGAAGGCGUGUGGAUGCGUGUGUGUGUGUGCGAGGCGCAGAUCAUAUACACAUCAGAUAGCGCAGACCCCUCAGCGGGCAGGCAGCCCGAGAAAGCCCCCCAGAGCCGGGCUGCAGACGAGACCGCUGCUCCUCGGCAGACAGCGGAGGAGCGUUCGGCCCCGGCCAGCACCGAUGCUUUGCAGAGCGCAGCUCCAGGGAGCUCGUCGCUGCUAAGGAGGUCGCAGGCAGCAGACCUGCACACCGGGGCACCCUUUCUCCCACCACCUGCACACCUGCCUGUCCUCAAGACGGAGGAGCCCGCCGGCCCCACGAUGUCCUCAGAGCCCGGCGCCCCGCCGGCGGUGCCGCCCCUGCACUCCCCCAAGUCACCGGUUUGGCCCACCUUCCCCUUCCAGAGGGAGGGCAGCCGCAUUUGGGAGCGGGGCAACCUCCUGCUGCGGGACCUGCCCAGCCCCCUUCCCACCAAGAGAACCAGGACCUACUCAGCGACGGCACGUGCCUCUGCCGGCCCCGUCUUCAAGGGCGUCUGCAAGCAGUUCUCACGCUCCCAGGGCCACGGGUUCAUCACCCCCGAGAACGGCACAGAGGACAUUUUCGUCCAUGUGUCUGACAUUGAGGGAGAGUACGUCCCCGUGGAGGGGGAUGAGGUGACAUACAAGAUCUGCCCCAUCCCUCCCAAGAACCAGAAGUUCCAGGCGGUGGAGGUGGUCCUCACCAACCUGGCACCCCACACGAAGCACGAGACGUGGUCCGGACAGAUCAUCGGCUCCUAAGGCGCCCAGGGGGGGCUGCCGGCCGCUCAGCCCCAUGGCACAAGCCUGCCUGCCCUCUCACGGGGGGCACGGGGCAGCCGAGGUGCCAGCGGGGCCGGGGCUGCCCCCAAACACACAGGCGUUUGCGUUCGGUGUCUUUUAUAAGGUUAUGGUUUCCUUU